UUGUUAGCACCAGAUGUCGAACUUCGUCAAUGUCCAGGUCAUACAGAUCAUGAUCUCAUAGUUGUUGUGAAAAAUACAGACACUGGAUGUGUUGUUGUUGCUGGUAUGAGCAUUCCUCUUCCAUAUGAGAACGACACAGAAGAACGGAAAGCAGUAUCAGCGUAUCCAGAAAAGCAAGAGAAGAGCCGUGAAAAGAUCCUUAGGCUAGCUGAUUGGAUCAUUCCAGGACAUGGGAAUUUGUUCAAAAAUAUGUGUAAAAGUAGUUCUUCUGAUAAUGAGUAGUU